UAUGAAAUAUUUCGUAAGUAUUUUACUGAUCAUCAGUAUAGCAAGCAGUGUGCCAGUUCGUAAAUGGCACAGAAGUAAUAACGGCAGUUUAUAUUUCAUAGAAGCAGAAGAAAAGUACAAUUGGUAUGAGGCUUGGAAUGAAUGUGCCCGUAAAAAUAUGUCCUUAAUGGCUAUAGAUACCUUAUACAAACACACACAAAUUGAUACUUUAUUAAGAAGAAUAUUUCCUUCGAGUCCCUCUUUAUGGAUAUCGGGUCAUGAUAAUGCAGUCGAUAGACGUUAUGAAUGGGCUACUAGCGGUAAAGUUUUUACCUUUACAAAUUGGGGCGCUGGUCAACCGGAUCGUUUGAAUAAUAACGAACAUUGUAUAUUGAUUUGGCACAACACCUGGCAGUGGUACGAUCUACCGUGUUCACGUAAAAUCGGUUUUGUAUGUGAGGAAAAUGUGUUUCUAAAAGAAAAGAAUCGAGAGUUGGCAAUGUUGAGGGCAUCCUGUCGUAACUUAUUAUGUUCGGGUUGUAGAUCUAGUGAUGUUCUAUUGAAUUGAAAGGGAAGUUGAAAA